CGCAUCAUGGAGAGCAACCUUAACGAGACUUAAAUCUUCCCGAUCAAGAAUAGUCUGAAAAUCUCGCUUCCCAUAGAAAGCUAGCUAAUCAGUCGAGGCAGUGUAAAAGACGUAUGAGAGAUACAUGGGUAUUUACUUCGUUAAGAAUGUGACCUGGAGGAAUCGUAUUUUGAUGCGCGAGAGAUGAGGCACGACCACACACCUUGACCUCACUGUCUUUGUUUUGGUUUCCCAAUAAAGAGAAAUGAGGAUCGCACUCUACAUCACAAGUAUUCUUUUCAAUUUACAAUGCUUUUCCGUUGGUUUCAAAAGCAAACUCAGGAAAGAGACAGAUAGCAAAAACUCAGUGCAAACAGUUAAAUAUCAAGAGCAUCGAGAUGUGUCUUUGCUUUAUGGAGCUACAAAGGACUUGGAAGAUUCUGGCCAUGUAGCGGUAAACGAUUUUGAAGGGAGUGGCGAAAACCUAAUUCCAGAUUUCAAAAAGACGAAGAAAACUAGAAAGCAUCAUCUGAAAGGUCUGAUACGGUUUCCUCAUGGACGAAAUGUCUCUGCGACGAAAAAGCAAACCGUUCUAACUAAUAACAAGAAUCUAAUUCAACAUCAGGACCGUGGAGUUGUGGCGCCUUCUGUUAAGGUGCGUCAAGUUUAUCCUACUAAACCAAAAAGAAAAACCCUUGGCAUUAAAAGUCAUGUGAAAAACACAUAUCGAACAAUAAAAAAGCAUAAAAUACCAAGCAGAAACACUCGGCGCGGAUAUACAACAAGGAAACGAACCAACGUAGAAGACGAUCUAAGCGACGAACGUCAAACCAUCUCAAAGACUCUCAGCUCCCUGGACGAUAUUCAAGGUUCGUACAGCAGGGGACUCGACAUUGACGGCAUGGAUAUCAAGGAAGUUAAUAUGAUCGAUAAUAGGACUCUCUCAGACUAUUUUCACGCCUUAAAUGAUAAUGCAAGUGAUAGCACUAACAACAACAACAAUUAUGAAUACACGCCUACAUCCACUCAACCUGCAGCAUACCCAAAGUUAGCAUGGGAUGAUGGCCCCGCGCCUUCAAACACAGAUGAAAACAGUGGUAAUGAUGAUUUCUACGAUGCCAUCGACCGAGGAGACGAGCCUCCACCGAUUAAAAUGAAAAAGGUUCGUCCAACAAAGUCUCAUUUCAACAAGAUGAUGCACAAAUCAAACAAAGAUUCCAGCUCCAUAUCGGCAAAUCCACAUUUAACCUCUUCUUCUAAAUUUCGUUUACCCUCCCAGGAGGACUUUGAAAACUUUUUUCGCGGAAUGCUGGAUCAUUUUGGACAUGGAAGAAACUCAGACAAAUCUGAAGAGCAGAGUGAAGCUGAUGAUGAUCAUCACGAACCUCUUGGUGGUCAAAGUAACAUGACAGCCUUCUUGGACGUUCAUGGUAAGCAUCGUCAAGGAGAUGUGACAAAACUUGUUUCGUUGGGAAACCCAGAAGUAGUGCAAGUACCAAAACAAACGCAGCACAACAAUGUGGGUUCUGAUGUUGAUACAAAUCCACCGGUUUUCAACGAUGAACAGGUCGGAAGAGAUGGAGAAGGAUUUGCAUCGUUCCUUCCACCACCAGGGAAUCCUAACACGUGGACUGGUACACUUGACAACAACAGAUACCCAUCACAUGAUCCCUCGUCAUCACCAAACAAUCCGGCGGAAAAUGCGGGUAAUCCUCCCUUUACUUUGCAUAUGCCACAUCAACAACAUGCGAAACAAGUCAAUCCAUAUUUUUCGAGGCCGCAAGAGGACAGUUCACCUUUGACUCCACCUUUUAAAGGAACUCGAAUCAUGGGGGGCAAAAUAUCCGGGGGUCAAAUUUCCGGCGGUUUGAUUCAAGGGGGACAGAUAAAAGCAGGGUCGAUAGAAGGUGGCGUCAUUAAAGGAGGCCAGGUUACAGGCGGGCGAAUAACCAACGGGACUAUGGAGGGUGGCGUGAUUUCUAAAGGACAAAUGUUAGGAGGACGCUUAGUGGAUGGUAGACUUGAGGGAGGGCAACUGUUAGGCGGGAAUGUCUUCGGAGGGAGAAUACUCGGAGGGAGUGUGGAAGGAGGAAAUAUAAAAGGUGGAGUGGUGGCAGGGGGGAGAUUUCGAGGAGGAAAUAUGCAAGGAGGUGUACUUAAAGGAGGUGAAAUACAAAGCGGAAUUAUAAAAGGUGGUAAAGUGGAAGGUGGUAUUUUGCACGGAGGUAACAUUGAAGGUGGCGAGUUAAAGUUUGGGGAUAUAUCCGGAGGGACUCUCAAAGCUGGCUCCAUGCUAGGCGGACAGCUGAAGAAUGGUACAAUUGAGGGAGGGACAUUGAAAGGAGGAACAAUAGAAGGAGGUGUACUCAAAGGGGGAAUCAUGGAGGGUGGGCAACUGAAGGGAGGGCUUGUUCUCGCUGGUAAGAUCAAGGGUGGAGUCAUUGAAGGAGGCGUAAUAGAGGGAGGGGAGAUUGGAGAUGGUGUUAUAAUAAGAGACGGUAAAGUUAAUGCUACAAUCAUAGGUACAGGGAGUUCUAUUGAUAAGAAUCAGAGUCUUGGUGGGUUGUUUAAACAAGGGGAAAAUUCACAGCAGUUGGGACUCAAAGUUGACCAGCAGAAAUAUCACCUCCAAAGUGGCAAUACUGUGCAUCAAUCAAAAGCCAUGUCAGCCUCAGCUACAAACCCACCAACACAUAUCAUCACCACUGACCAUGGGUUAAAGGCAGUCAAUCCAAAUUUUAACGUUAAGGUACCUUUACGCGAAGGAACUCUGAAAAUGCUAACGGAGGAAAAUGAUUCAACGGAAGACGACGACCUUGAAAAGUUAUUGUUUGAGGGGAAGUCUGCGAAUGAAAACACCCCUGAGCUUUCUUCUCAGAGGUUCUUUGAAGAACAAGACCAGCCCAGUCUUGUUCAAAAGAAAGAUUCCAAGCAACACCAUGUUGUUUUGGACGGAGUCGGUUUUGAUCUCCCAAACGAAGAUUUCGUGGAUCUCAUUGACAAAAUGAAGCGCGGCCCAAAAGCGGUUGAAGACCUCUUCAGUUAUUAUAAAAAGCCAAACAUAAAAGAGCACUUAAAAAUCGGACACAUUUCAAAAACAACAAAGCUAUCAACUUCUCCGCAUCUUAAAAAAAUUGAACAUAUCAAGCCAGAAGAUCUGGAAAAGAAACUUAGCAGCCCUACGAAACCUAGGUCCAGUGUUAUGCGGUCGGAUAAGGAUAAGAAUGCAAACAAUGACAAGGAAGAGGAAUCCAUUUCAGCAUCAUCAGCUGCUCACAACGGAAAACUUAAGCCCUUGAGUUUUAGUACAAAGGACGCUGAGAAACUGAGGCCGACAUAUCACUGGUCUUUAAACAAACUCAUCAAAGAUCGGAUACCAGGAAGUCCAGGGCCAGCUAUACGAACACACGGAGAAAUGACGGCUAUAAGGGGAGGACUUCAUCUUAAUGGUCAUAACGCAUGGCUGGGAGCUGGUGACUUCUCUGGAGGAUGCAUUAGUGAUCCUGAUACCUGUGAUGAUGGCCUAUCGUUUGAGAUGACCUUUCGACUAGACAAGGAUGCUCUAAAGUACAACGACAUGAAGUACAUCGUGGAUUCGGGAGCCUCGACUUUUAACUCCAAAGGCUUUACGUUGUACACGGUACAAGGGAAUCUGAGAGCUGAUUUAGCAGUUGCAAACAAAGAGUUUUGUGUACAAAUUCCUCUGAUAGUACAAAGAUGGCAGGACGUUCUUGUCACAUGGAAGAAAAGCGAAGGAAUGAAAAUGUACGUUAACUGCGAGCUGAAGGCGCACUCCAAAGGGAGUGAGCACUGCAUUGGCUGUCACUCUCACGGCUGUCACGUGACAGACACUAACACGCUUCUGAUGAUUGGCAGGCCAAACUACAGCCCUCACUUUCACUGUACCAAGUUUGACAGCGGCGACAUUUCCUUCUGGGAACGGUACCUGUCCGCUAACGAUGUGGAAACAUUGUGUGGAGCACCCACAGGUGAGACCGGUGACACUGAGAAGGCCAGCGCAUCGAAUCCCACUACUUUUCAGGAAACUAGUCAAUUGGCAUUAUCACCAGCGCCUGUCAAUCAAGCUACUUUUCGAGCCAAUCCAGUGCAAAGUUAUAUCGCAAAUCAACCAUAUUUUAAUCGAUUUACAGGACUAGUUCCCAGGGCAAAUGGUUUGAGUCAUCAACUGUUCACAGCCUGGAGUGUGUGGAGCCCAUGCUCCAAGACAUGUGGAGUUGGAUUUCGGGUUCGCAAACGCUCCUGCAUUAAUCCUAGGCUCUUCCCUACUGGCGGGCUGUGUACCGGGCUUUCCAUUCAACAUCAAUCAUGUUUUGACCGAGCGUGUCCAGCAUACACUCAGAUGAUACCAAGCUCAAGCCUUUCUGGACCACAAGUCCGACUGUUUAACUACAAUCCACUGGCACUUUAUUCAGGAUUUCACUUUCCUCGAAUUCCCAGUUUACAUGGUGCUACUGAAACUGCUCUCGCUCGUGCACUGGCUGUAGACGGGGGAUACAGUGACUGGUCAGAGUGGGGUACCUGUGACAGAUCGUGUGGAGGAGGUGCACAGGUACGGACUAGAAUCUGUAACAAGCCCAUUCCCUCUGGGGGCGGAAAGAUGUGUCAUUCAUUAGGUCCAGCCAUUCAAGUUCGACGCUGUAAUCGUCAUGGCUGCCCAGUUGAUGGAGGAUAUAGUCCAUGGAGCGGGUUUGGUCCUUGUUCAAAAACAUGUGGCAGCGGACGCUUUCAACGCCGCAUGCGAACUUGUACAAAUCCUGUACCAAUGAACGGCGGAAAGCCAUGUUUUGGACAACCUGUCCAAACUAGAGCCUGCAGCAUACGGAGCUGCCCAGUUGAUGGAAGAUACGGUAUGUGGUCACCAUGGUUACCUUGUGAUGCAGAUUGUGGUGGAGGGAUUCAAGAGAGAAACCGCUUUUGUAAUAACCCGGCUCCACAGAUAGGCGGAAAAGACUGUGCCAUGCUGGGCUCUGACAAACAGACACGCCUGUGCAACCUGUUCCCUUGCAAUGUUAAUUUUCAGUGAUACAGCCGCCAUUUUUUGGAAUUUCAGGUGAAGCACCGAGUCACCAAGUCACCCGUCAAAUCGAUCACAUUACGUCUACAAAGAACUCCAUUGGCUGGCCAAAACCAAUAUUAAUUCAUCAUUAUCAUCAUCAUCAUUAUCGCCAUUCAUCGCUGGCCAUCCAACAUGUACAAAAGCUGAUCAAUAUACACUGACGAUGAUCAAAACGAAGGCAUUCAUGCAAUGUCAUAAUAACCCUGUUGUUCGGCAAUAAAAGUACGAAAAGUUAAUAAAGAAAGAAUUAGUUCCAUUGUCCUGGCAGUUAAUGCAUGCAUUGUAAAACAGGAAGCUUGCCGUCAGCUCGACUUUCAAAUUAAUUAUUGUUACCUAGCAACAAUACUGACUAUGAACAAAAAAUUGCAGGUUCUUUCAAGAUUGACUUUACAUGCUGGUCCAAUUCGAAUUAUUCUUGUUUAAUCAUUCAGCCAUAGCUAAUAUGAUGCUGCAGACCAGAAAGUUAUUCAUUGCCUCUUUUUCGGAGCGUAUGAUCAGAAACUUCAGAGCACUUUCAAACACACAGAAAAAUCUCGUUAUUGGUUUACAUGUGAACAGUCGCCUGAACAUGUCAGGAAUGUUAGUAUUAAUUACCGUUUUGAAGCAUUAAUAUGUAGUCACUCCAUUAGUAACUUCAAUGCCCGUUAUACAUGUCUUCAGUUUAAAAUACAUAUAUAUUUGCGAACAACUGAAUAUGUUCUUCGUGAGCGGAAAAUUCGUCACAGUCGGGAUUCACUGUAUGGGCGCUGAAAAACUGCUUAUCAUACAGGAACGAAAAUUUUUUUGACAAAGUAUGUCAACUUCAAUCAGGUUCAACUGAUGAGUCAAGUAAGAAAUUACCAGAAGAGUUACUAGACUGUGAGCAUUGACAACCAAUGUAGGGAAGAAUAAAAAGUCUGUUAUGACGUAGCGAGAAGCUCGCGAGGACAAAGUUGGCAAUCAUGGUUGCUCUCCAUAAAAGAGAGAUGGAAUGUAGAACGGGGUAGCAGUCUUAUGUAAUAUGUAUUAUAUACACUUCUACGCAUUCAUUUAUUUUUUGCCACUCCACACAAAUGGCAAAGUUCCAGCAAUUUUCUUAAAAUAAUAACAACUAUAAAUUUAACAAAAACUAAGGAUUCUGUACACAAAGGAAGACAGGAUUGAUCAGUUCAAGCGUUUGAGUUCAAGCUCAGGUGUCAAAUCACUAUCAUUAGGCUGAUUAGCACUCCGUGGCGUCCGUUUAGUCUAAUCAACACUCCGAUUGGCUUAAUAAGCAUUCCAGUUGCCCCGAGAAUGGCAAGCUUUCAUUUGGGUGUAAGAGUAGAGCCAUAUACAUGUAUUUAUCUUUACACUACAUAUAGUGUACAAAUUGUUUCGUUCUCCAUUUUAGAGGUGUGAUUGCUUCAAACAAGGCCACCACACAAAAUUCUGUGUAAAUUGACAAAUGAAAGUCUGAGGUAGAAACAAGAGACUUUCAAUUAAUUAUCAAUCUAAGCAAGCUGCACGCUGCAGGA